AUGCACUCUGCUCUAUUUCCUUCAGAGAAAAAGAAGGUAAUGUUUAUUAUUGGACUUCUGACUGGGGAAGCUCUAGCUUGGGCCUCCCCUUAUAUAGAAAAAGACAGUACCACUCUGAAUAAUUUUGAGACUGUUUUGAUUGAACUGAAUCAGGUUUUUGAUGAUCCCAACCACUGGGCUACUGCCGAAGAUAAGUUGCAUAGUCUGUGGCAGGGUAAACGCUCGGUUGUUGAAUACACAGCUGAAUUCAGAUGUUGA